AUGCCGAAAAAGCCCGCGUCUGCCUCGCCCUCGACUUCGUUUCUCCCUCCCGAGUCCAGUCUUGCAAAACGACCAAAAUAUCCACGGCCUCCUGUUGCUGUGCCUGGUCUUCCCUCAGCAAAGAAACUCAGAGUUACCAAGGUCGCUAGCCCGAAUCUCUCCUUGCCAAACAGUCCGAUUCAAGCACGUCGAAACGCUGAAGAAGAGGUGGUGAGACAAGAGAAGGAAGAAAUCGAACGGAUGCGACAGGCUUGGAUGCAAAAGCUGCAUGAGGCUGAAAAGAUCGCCGACCAUGUCGAAGCGUUUUUGGAACAGGAAGAGGCUGAACUCAAACGAAGCCGAGAAGAAGAGGCCACAAGACGACAAGCGUGGACGCGAAAGCUGCGCAAAGCCGAACAAAUCGCGAAUCUCAUCGAAAGCUUCGGCUGGGACGACAAGACAAGCAUCGACCGUUACCUUCGGCUUCGCUCACUGGUGGAAAGGGGAAAGGAACUCGAGCGCUGUUUGGAAGACUCCUAUAAGAAGAGUGGUCUAAAUCCUCGUACCAGGGAGGUUGCCAAUGCGGCGUGGCACUCCCUCGUGGACGCCUUUGCCGAUCCCAAUCUUGCCUGGAUCCAGCCGCGCCUUGACGAGAGCCGACGAGGUAGACGACGGUCCCUCUCCGUGAGAGAGGGAAAGCCUCGUCCAUCCUUGCCUUCUCGUGUUAGAUUCUCAUUGUUUGGGAUUAUGACUCUCCAAGAUGAUAUGGUUGACACCGCCACGAUGAUAGGCGUGCAUCUGCAUGAGUUGCGCCAGCUGAGAAGAACACGACUUCAAUUGUUUUGGGUGCCAGAACUCCACAGCUACCACAAAUUCACACUCCCGCUAGAAUACCUUGCAGACGCUGCCAGCCUGACGGCCACACGUAUCAGGGACAACUACAUUCAAUUCAGAAAGGGUGCCAAACUGCUCCAUCGUCCAUCCUCGCGUAGGCUGGCGAAGAUUCUCGUCGAUGAACCCAUUCUCCACCAUGUCGGGAAAGUGCACUGGCUGAGUAGGGUCAUCGUUCGCGAUAUUCGGCACGAACUCUCACAGAUCUCAGCCUCAGUCCUGCAAAGGGAACUGUUUUCAACAUACCAGCCUCUCGCCACUUACAACGCAUACUCUCCGGUGUUGAAGAACUACAUAGAUUUCGCUGGUCGCGACCGUUCACCCGGAAAACUGCACAGCCUUUCAGCCAGGCAUCUGAAACUCCAAAGAGAUAUCCUACUCCAGAGAGAUUUCACAUGGCUCUGGGCAGGGAUCUCUAAAGCCUCUUCCCUCGACCGUUGCUGGUCGAAUGACUAUCAUGCCUCAAUGGAUCAAGCACACACGGGGUCCCCGGCUUCCCCCAUCACUCGCUUGCUUGUACCAUCUGCUCAAGUCGACGCUGGUCGUACAGCUCCAUGGGCGACCCCAACGCCCCUUUAUCCGCUCGGCCCUGCAGUCCCCAUCCUCUAUGUUACGACAUUCUCUGGCCUCACCAGCGUCUUACACCGCUUCAGCAGUCCUGAGCGCUGCAAACACUUGGCCUUCGAUAUCGUCCAGACCCCUGGCACGAAGUGUUACCCUGGGGUCCAAUUUUUGACACUCGCAAGCGAACACGAGGUUGCAGUCAUACAAUUCGCUGCAAUCAGUUACUUCUCGAUUCUUCAGGCUGAAACAUUCGAAGACGUCAUGAAAAACCCCUCAAUCCUCAAAGUAGGUGUGGACGUCGAGUCGCAACAACGACUUUUGGCAGAUGGUCCAGGUAUCGAGGUGGAAGGUCUCGUCGAGCUCCAUACUUCGGAACACCAUGAUAUUCCCCUGAAGCAUCUAUCUCCCAACAACGGUCGAAGUCGAAGAGUCUCGUCAAUGGCUGCACGAUCGCUGGGAUUUUCUCUGCCGCCUUUGGAUCUAGACCAGGCGGUCAACGAUAUCAUCAGCUUCAAAUCUGUUGGCCGCACUCGUGCGGUCGAUCCACUGCCGUUCUUGACCCAUAUCGCCUCACGAGCCUACGCUAUACUACAAAUCUAUCUAGCGUCCACGACAGGUGGCUCCUUCACUUCAGCGCCUGCGGCCCAUCCAUUGCUCGGCCCCGUCGAAGUCUACGGGCAAGCCGGAAAACCUGAGCGAUAUUCGGAACUUCGUAGUUCGCGGAUGAAGUACCUGAAAUGCAUGGCGCGAUUUCUCGUUUCUAGAACCGCCUUCCGGGCUCAGUUGGAUUCUCCAGCAACUAAUCUAUCUUCACGACUUCAACUGAAGAAGCGGUUGAUGGCCUACUUUCUCUUUACGACCUUCAACGAACGCCUCGAGACCGUUGAAGAGAUUUUAGGGAUGUCCCAGGUCGCAUCGAAUAUCCUUGCCAUUGUCGAUGCCGCUAAGCUGCCACUGCGCACUCAGGACGCCGGUCUACUUGAGCGUCAUCGCAAGAUUUACCAUGAAGACAUGCCGAUCCGGAAAGUUCAGUAUACUCCGGAUAUUCCUCUAAGAGCAAGAACUUCCAUGGCUCCUACCACGGCAAGCCAAAAGGCGGAACCCAUGACUGCUCCAGUGGCACAGGUUGCAUGGAAGUCGAAGAAUCCUCCGCCUGCCAGGAAAAAAAGAACGCCCACCGCGAGCUCAGGCCUGAAGAAGCCAAACUCACAUUUUGCCGAUCAAUCUACUUCGACAUCCUUGGAGAUUCAACCCCUGGGCAGUCGGGCGCUUGGUUCUGAUAGCGUACAGAUCAGAAGGCUCGCCACUGAUAGAUUGAACAGGGUAGAGCGCAGAAGGCUCCAGACUAGGAUAAAGCGACAGUUCGUUCGAGCUCGAAUGCAAGUGGGUGACCAAAAAGCCGAAGACCUAUCCGCCUCAGCAACCCCGGAUUCUCUGCGCGCCGGAACAUGGCUGCUCCGAAAACAUCCCGGGGGAAAGAAGUCGAACAAGGGAACCACGGCCCAUGAGGGGGACCCUUGGUUGCCGAGAACAGCAGAAUCCUCGAACCAAGCCAGGGAAGCGAUUCGGAGCACCAUCAACGACCCCGGGAAGGGCAGGACAUUGACUUUGCCAAAUAAGGGAACAAUUCGUACUAUGGAUGGCUUGAUACGGGGACGGCGCAGAAGAAGAAUACGAUCUUUCGAACGGAAGAGCCUAGGUGGCACCGAAGCAGCCGGAACAUGA